AUGGAUAAAGUAGUAAGGAAUAGUCGAGUCGUCGUAUACAAUCGCAAGGAUAGUCCGCUUGCCACGUCCCGGACCUGGGAGAGGGAGGUUGUCGCAACCUCGGCGGCCUCGCUCGCAGCGGCAGCAGCCUCGGCCACCACAGGAGGGACGGGCGGGAUCGAGUCAGACGGCGGCGAACCGCUCGACCGCCCAACUGAGAAGAUUGCCAUCUCAUUACAAGAGUGGCGCACAAAUACUAAUGCUCUAGUUGCAACGACCGCUGCAACGACCCCUGCUGCCCGAAAGGCCCUACUGGCCUACCGAGCCGAUUUUGCCUAUUCCAUGCUGCAGUUGGGUAAUUAUCGACGCGGCAAUCCAGGUCUAGCGGAUGAGUUGGCCACCAUUUUUGACGCGGCAAUCUCCCUUGACCGAGACAUACACCUGCGCAGCAGCGCCGUGGAGUGGCAGGUUCUGCCGCCUGGACAGAACAAGUUUGAUCCCGACACUAUGGUAGUCGAGAACGACGGGGUAAUCAGUUCGACAGUGUUAGUCGUGCUGGCUCCUGGACUGAUUAAGAAGGGUCAUGAUGCGGUCGGGGACGACGUAUUGUGUAAAAUGGAGGUGGUGUGUGAAGUGGACAGGGUGGCCAACGAGAGCCAGGGCAUGCUUUAUUUGUGGCAGUUCCUAGCGAUCCAGGAGGCAGGUCACCUUGCUAGGAUGAGCAACUAUUGA